AUGUCGGCACUCAUGGACAGACAGUGUAUUGAUUCCAACCAAAAAAAUUCACCAAACGUAACGGGAAAUAUUGCGGAAUGUUCACCGAUGGAUAACAAAGACGUUGAUGCCAGCAGCCUCGGUCCUUUAAAAUCUGGAAUGGGGCUAUUUGGGAUGCUGGUUAAAAAACCCGUGCCCCCUCCAAAACAAACAUUGGCAAAAACCAAUAAUAAUCAAAUCAGAUUACACCAUCCUGUAUUUACAAAACUAUCCUUAUUGCCAGUAUCGACAACUUCAAAUUCUUUGACAACCACGCCCACCAAAACUCUAACUGCGGCUUUUAAGCCUCUAACUGGCAAUACGAUAACUGCAAUCUCAACAACAACAACAACAACAACAACAGAAUCAAAUAACAAUUUACUCGCGGUAACAACAGCAGCCACAAUUAAAACUGCCAUUAAAGGGCCCGCUACCUUUCCAAAACCAAUGGUAAAACAACAAAACAACAACAAUCACAUCGACAACAGUAGCGAUAGUCCGAAGUCCAAUUCAUCCAGCUCAAUAAACAUCAGUAAUGAUGAGAAAGCAGAAAUCACUCAAACUGCACUUCAUAUUGAAGACGGCUAUGAGUACGAUGAUCCAAUGGCUGUAGACAUGUAUAACUUGAGUAAAAACAUCAACAAUACCAACAACAAACCAACACCUGAAGAAGAUGUUUUGUACGAUGAAAUACAUGUACGGUCAGAACUUGAGACACAGGUGCUUGGUCCAACCAAUCCGUUCGUGUCUGACGUAAACAGAACGGCCGAAGAAGAUGAUUGCUACGCUAGCUUUCCUUACAGCGACAGUGAUCACAUCUGCUACGAGGGUAACAGCUACAUCAACAACAGUUGCAAAAGAAACAUAAACACGUAUUCAAGUUUAUCUUUGAAGAAAAGCGCGCUAAAUGAUAGCAACAACAUCAAGUCGAUGGUCAUUUGUCCAGAAAAGAACGACAAGAUCGAUGAUGAGGGCGACGAGAUAUACUAUAAGUACGAUCUGGCGCAACCAGUCAUUCCCGAAAAAAAAUUUCCAAAUCGCAUUCCACCGCUAAUGUCACUAAGUAAGUUUUUUGACUCCAGUGCUUGCAACUUUGACUCAAUUGAAAUGGACAUAAACAACAACAGCAUCAGCGAAAUAAGUUACGAUGACUUUAAUGAUACCGUGAAACCCGUAAUUCCCGAAAAAACACGGAACCUCAGCAAUCAGUUGAGCAACGGCGACCAGACAUCUUUGUUGAGCAGCGUCAGCAGUUACGACGACAAAGACGACGAGGACGACAACGAGGUAGACGUCGAGGCAGUCAGACUGUACAACUGUCAGACGAGGAGAAGGUGGUGGUAUGAAAAUGUCGAACAAUAUUCGCGCGUUACUGAAGAAGACGCCAGUCAGAGACAACUUUUAAAACAAAAUUUGGUUGUGGAGUUGGUAGAGAACCAAAGACGCAAAUUAAGAAAUCUCCUCCUCUUCGAUGACGUCAUCGUCUGUGCGAAGCAAAAAAGGAAUAAUAAAUUCCUGGUGAGAUGGUUCAUCACGUUGGAUGCCAUCAAGGUCGAGUUCUCAACGGAAGAAGACGAAAAAAAUCUUCUCGAGCACAAAACUUCAAUGAAAAAGUUGAAUAAAGAAUAUAAAGAUUGUUUGGAGGCGAUCAAAUGUGAUGGAAGGAUGAAGAUGACGGCAGCGGAUAACCCAAAAAUAAAAAAGUCAUCAGAGGCGAAUAAAAAGAAGUUAAACGAAAUGGUUGGAAUACAUUUUGGAAGAUUUUAA